UGACAAACAUUUAUGGAUCACAAAUUCAAUCAAUUCAAUCCAUGAGUAACAUCUGAGAUGCUGGGUCGGGUACUUUGGUAACCAAGACUGGUUUCUCGGCCAGCUCCGACCACUGGUUGAGCUCCACUAUCACCAGCGUCAUCAUUUAUCUUUGCGGGGGAGGUCUUGAUGAGCCACCGCUCUUUCGGUACUAUCUUCUUUCUUUUUUAUUGCUAUUUCAACAUUCCAUUCCAUUCCCAUGAUCCCGAAAUUCGAUGCUGUAGUCACCUGAAUGCGCCGCAUUCUUCCAUCGUGAAUUGCAAACCGCCGCCGUUCAGGUCGCCACCCAUCUAUCCCCCAUGGGUACACGAUUUUAUAACCAUUAUUUCCAGUUCCUUAUCGAACCAUCAUGGCAGAUCCGCCUGCGUGUCCGAUAAAUACCUUUUACCCCGAGCCUCUAGAUGAAAUUCGACAUCGGGAAUACCCAUUGAUGAAAGGGGUCACAUAUAUGGAUCAUGCCGGCUGCACAUUAUAUGCAAAGUCUCUCAUCGAAUUAUAUACACACGAUUUAACCUCUAAUCUUUUCGGGAAUCCACACUCGGCAUCGGCGUCCUCCCAGCUAACGACAAGCCGUGUUGACGAUAUCCGACUACGAGCCCUUCGCUUCUUCAAUGCCGAUCCAGAUAUUUACGAUCUUGUAUUUGUGGCAAAUGCAACUGCGGGUAUCAAGCUAGUGGCAGACACUUUACGAGAUCAUCAGAGUGACAGCAACAAGCAGAAAGGUUUCUGGUAUGGCUAUCAUAUAGAUUCGCAUACAAGUCUGGUUGGAGUACGGGAGGUGGCCGAUCAAGGGUAUCGAUGUUUCGACUCCAAUGAAGAAGUUCAACAAUGGAUCAAUAAUAAUCUUCCCACAGAGGAAGCUACCACCACAAAUCUUUUCGCUUAUCCUGCCCAGUCAAACAUGAACGGUCGACGUCUCCCGCUCAAGUGGUGCAGUCAAAUCCGGGACUUUAAAGGACGAAAUACGUUUACGCUUCUAGAUGCUGCAAGCUUCGUCACAAGCACGCCACUAGAUCUCAGUCACCCCCUUGUUUGUCCAGAUUUUGUAGUUCUGAGCUUUUACAAAAUUUUCGGCUUCCCUGAUCUAGGCGCCCUGAUUGUGCGAAAAGAUUCAACUCAUAUAUUCCAGCAUCGCCGUGGUGCUCAGUGGCAUGCAAAAAAGGAUAAUCAUAUCCAUGAACAAGUGGAGGACGGAACCCUUCCAUUUCACAGUAUCAUAGCACUUGAUUCAGCAUUGAAGAUUCAAGAAAGACUUUACGGCUCCAUGAGGAAUGUCUCGGCUCAUACCUCGUAUCUAGCUCAGCAACUUUAUCAACGAUUAUCUUCUCUCAAACACGCCAAUGGCUUGCCUGUCUGCCAUAUUUAUAUAUCACCUGGAUCAUCUUAUGGCGACACAAAUACCCAAGGGCCGAUAAUUGCCUUGAAUCUUAUGGAUAUUAAUGGCAAAUGGGUUGGAAAGUCCGAGGUUGAAAAAUUAGCCGCCGUGAAGGGUAUACAUAUUCGUUCUGGGACUCUCUGCAACCCAGGUGGCGCAGCGAGUCUGCUUAACCUGACUGGUGAUGAAAUGAAGGCUAAUUUUGAAGCUGGUCAGCGGUGCGGGGAUGAAAACGACCUUAUGCAAGGCAAACCAACUGGAACACUCAGAGUAAGCCUUGGAGCCAUGAGUAACUGGGAAGAUAUCAACUCGUUUGUUGCGUUUAUCGAAGAAUAUUACGUUGAAUCAGUCUCGAAUGUCCCUUCGCCAACUCUAUCUGCUGCUGAUCCAGUCGACAACCGGUUCUACGUGGAGACUUUAUGUGUUUAUCCUAUCAAAAGCUGCGCCGGAUUCAACGUGCCAUCAGGAGCUGCCUGGAAAGUUCACGCAGGGGGUCUCGCUUGGGAUCGUGAAUGGUGCAUCGUUCACCAAGGAACGGGUACCGCACUCAGCCAGAAGCGAUAUCCCCGAAUGGCUUUAAUCAAGCCAUAUAUAGAUCUGGAAAAUAACAUCCUCCACGUCACCUGUGGAUCGUCAUCGACAGAGGAACGCAGUCUAGACAUUUCUCUUUCAAGCGACGACUCACAACUUCUAGUAACCGAAGUAUGUCAGAAUUCCAAACGCAGGUUGUUCAGGGUCUGUGGCGAUAAAAUCGUGAUGGAGAUAUACUCAUCGCCGAGAAUAUCUGCAUUUUUCUCUGGCUUUUUGGGGGUUCCUUGCACUCUGGCUCGGGCUUCUCACUCUCUUACACCACGUCGAGCGAAGAUGGCCUCCAUCAAUCAUGUACUACGAAAUACCAUGCCUGGCUCUUAUCCACCAGAAGCCGGUCACUUUUCUGAAGAUUCUAUACGAAAUGCCAACCCUAUCCUCCUUUCCAACGAGAGCCCAAUUCUCUUGAUUUCCAGAUCGUCUGUGAAUAGAUUGAACGAGCAUAUCAAAGUAAACACCAAGUCAGGAUUCAUCAAUGCAAACAAAGCUGUCGCAGCUGAUGUGUUCCGCGCAAACAUCAUUGUUGCCGAGAAUCUAUAUACCUCUCACUGCCAUCUCAGCAUUGAUCGCUCUUCUGCGUCGUUGCAACACCAGCAGCUCCAACGUCCUUCGAUAUUGACGUCAGAACAGCCUUAUAUUGAGGACACAUGGUCCUCAUUCACCAUUGGUCCCCGCGAGUUAUCGUUUGAUGUCCUCGGAUCGUGCGAACGGUGCCAGAUGGUUUGCGUGAAUCAAGCGACAGCUGAGAGACACGAAGAGCCUUUUUCAACUCUAGCAAAGACUAGGCGAAUUGGUGGUAAAGUCCUUUUUGGUCGACAUGUUGGUUUAUCACACUUAGAUAAUGAAACUAGCAGCCAGUCGAUUACUGUUGGGGAUAUAGUUAUGCCGUCAUAUUCGUGAGAUUUACCUUUUGAGUGAUUUCUAUUGAUAUACCCAGUGAUGUACAUACCUGUAGGCU